AUGAAGCAGUUCGCAUUGUUCAGCAUUUUCCUACUAAUUCUGGUUGUGGGCUUGGUUCAAAUGCCCCAGCAGGUAACUGCCCAGGGUCAAAAUGGACAGCAGCAGGGAAAUCCGCCAAGACCGCCAAAUGGCAAUGGAAAUAGCAACCAGCAGGGUGGACAAGGACAAAGUGGCCAAAGCGGGCAAAAUAACUAGGAACUAGUAGAAGGUUUCUGGGUUGGACGAUAGAACUCUACCGACUCCUCCUGGCAACUUUCCCGGUUACUUAAAUAAACACUUUCUUCAGCAAACCAAAAA